CUCGUGUUCGCUUCAUUUUUAUUUUUGAAUUUUAAUUCCGAGUUUGAGCAAAGAGAUUCAAACCCCUUUAAUUUGUCUCUGAUUUAUUUUAUUUUAUUCAAGUUCUUGUUUCUUGAUUCGAUGGUUGUAUUUUGCUAUUUGUUAAAUACAAUUUCUUUGGUUUAAUUGAGAUUAAUACGGGUUUGACGAUUAGGGUUUUGGGUUGGUUGGUUACGUCCCGUUUGGUUGGCGAGAAAACCAAGGGAAAGGAGAGAAAGGAAACGAAAAGAAAACUUUGAAUCUUGCGGUUAUGUUAUUUGGUUAAAAUCUGACACUAAUUGAACCAAACUGUUAUUUUAAGCUCAGUUGAGAGGGGAUUUUUGUUUUACCUGUUCCCGAGCAGGGCAAAAUACGACCCAAAGCUAGUGCUUCCCUUCCUACCUUGUAUCGGCAACCAAACAGCGGGUUGCAGUGAUUCGGUCUCCGAUGGGCUUGCGAGGUGAUUAUUGCUUGUGGGUCAGUGUUGUUAUUAUUCUAGACUUGAGAUUCAGUUGAAAAUAAGCUUGUUUCUCAGGUAGGAGAAAAUUUGUAGACUUGUGAACAUAUGUUGUAUUCCACAUUGGAGUCUUGAAGUUGUUGUUUAACAUCACGGAAGAGCAAGAGAAAAGAUCCAUAAUUAUUGUAUGCUUUCAUCAAUUCUGUUUCAGUGGAUUUAAAUGGCUGUUUCUUCUCAAGAACCAAGUUGCGAGAGCCAAGCUGAUAGGUAUCCUUUGCUCAUGGAACGGCCAGAAAACUAUGAGAAUCAUGAGCACAUUGUUGACAUAGUCAGUGCUGGUGAUGCUUCCUCGUCAAGCUCAUCUGAUGAAGAUUCUGCUCAUGUUUCAAAUCCAACCUACCAUGAAAAUAGACCAUUAACUGAUGCUUGGGUCCCCAUAUCUCAAUCUUCCCCGUCUUCAUCCGAUGUAUCAGAGUCUAGGAAUUCUUCAAUCAUAACCAGAGCUCAUGGGCCAGGGCGUCGUCGCUGGAGUCCGUUUAAUUCGGGGUUAUGGAUUUCCAUUGAGAUAUUUUUCACUACAAGCCUGAUUGUUGCAUCCAUAGUAGUAUUGUCCUUGUCAAGAGAUGAGAAACCGCAAACUCCGUUGUUUGCUUGGGUUGUGGGUUAUGCAGCUGGAUGUGCAGCAAGCCUUCCUAUUCUUUUCUGGCGUUAUCUUCGCCGCAACCAUGAUGGUGAGCAAGGUUUAAAUCAUAUGCUUCAGGGUUCAUCACAAGGAAGUACUACAUUGGAAUCUAAUUCGUACAUAACUAUCUCAUUGACCCGGUCUGCAGCAGAGGAAAAUCUCCCAGAUGCAUCUACAAACACUUGGAAUGGUCAUACUAUGGGUGCUUCAAAUGCUAGGCUCAGUGUAUUAGCAGACUACUAUAAGAUGGCCCUGGAUUGCUUCUUUGCUGUGUGGUUUGUGGUUGGUAAUGUAUGGAUUUUUGGAGGACACUCCUCUUUUACCGCAGCUCCAAAUUUGUACAGGUUAUGUAUUGUGUUUCUUACCUUUAGCUGUAUUGGAUACGCUAUGCCUUUCAUUCUAUGUGCAAUGAUAUGCUGCUGCUUGCCUUGUAUAAUUUCAAUUCUUGGCCAUGGGGAUCUGAGCCAAGUUAGAGGAGCCAGUGCAGAAUCUAUUAAUGCUUUACCAACCUACAAAUUCAAGUUGAAGAAAAAUGGAAGUGGCAACAGUGGAGAAAUUAGUUCUGGAGUUGAAGGUGGGGUUGUGGGAGCGGGAACAGAAAAGGAGCGUGCUAUCUCAGGGGAAGAUGCUGUUUGUUGCAUUUGCUUGACAAGAUAUGCAGAUGAUGAUGAGCUGAGGGAGCUGCCUUGCUCUCAUUUCUUCCAUAGUGAGUGUGUGGAUAAAUGGCUGAAGAUCAAUGCAUCCUGUCCCCUCUGCAAAUGCGAGGUUGGUGAGAAUACUGGGAGUUUGCCAUCUUCAUCAAACUCCGCCCAGCAACGAUGAAAGAUUUAUGGGUUAAAACUCCCAAUCAAAAUUUAAUGUGUCUAAGGAUGAAAGUAUUCUUCUCAAGUUGAAAUAACCAUUUUUCAACUGAUCCCUGUGUUAUUGGCCAUAAACUGGAUCUGGUCUGUACAGCUGAGAUUGUCUAGUUUCUAUCACAGCCUUGUAUGAUAUACAGAAAUUUUCAAAACCUGCCAUAUUGCUAGUCUCUUGAUGGAUGAGUAA